AUGCAGCUUCUUCCUCCAUUUCUUAUCAUUUUAGUAGCAUUAUUUAGCACGUGUUCAUCGGCUAGGGUUUUCAGCAGCUUUUCACAAAACAAUAAUAUUGCAAAUGGAAGUGAAGGUUCCUUAGUUACAAGCAAAACCGUUACAGUUGACAAGUCUGGCCAUGGAGAUUUCUAUACCAUACAAGCUGCCAUUGAUUCAAUACCUUCUCUCAAUACUCAAUGGGUUACAGUCCAAAUUUCGCCUGGCAUAUACAAAGAGCAGGUACAAAUUCCAAUAGACAAACCUUUUAUUUUUCUUAACGGAAUCAAGGGACGUGAACAAACAAUUAUCACUUUCGAUGCCAAUGCAGAAACAGAUACAAGUGCCACAUUCACCUCUUCCUCAGCCAAUGUUGUUGCUCAGGGCAUUACCUUCGAGAACUCUUUCAAUCAUGUAACAACUGCACCAGCUAUACAAUAUGUGGCUGGAAACGGAAAUACCAUAAAACCAGCAGUAGCAGCAAGGAUUUUAGGUGACAAAUCUGCAUUUUUCGAAUGUGGUUUCAUAGGUCUUCAAGAUACAUUGUUUGAUGCUCAUGGUCGCCAUUACUUCAAAUCCUGCUAUAUUGAAGGCGCUAUUGAUUUCAUUUUCGGUUUUGCCCAAUCUUAUUAUGAGGACACUAUGAUAAAUGCUACAGUUGGGACAUUAACAAAAGAAAUUGCAAUAGGAUUUAUAACAGCACAGGGUAGAGGUUCGUCUAGUGACUCCGGUGGGUUUGUAUUCAGAGGAGGAUUGGUAUAUGGGAAUGGUGGCCAAGUUCUCUUAGGUAGAGCUUAUGGUCCUUAUGCAAGAGUGGUCUUUAUAGAAACAAAAUUUGAUGCUGUGGUAGCUCCUCAAGGAUGGAAUGCUUGGAAAAGCAGUGGCCACGAGAAUAACAUAAUUUUUGCGGAGGUUAAUUGUCAAGGACCAGGAUCGGAUACUUCCAAGCGAGUUACAUGGGAGAAAAAGUUAAGUGAAUCAGAGCUAAAGGAAUAUUCAAAAUCAUCCUUCAUUGAUGAAGAUAUGUGGACUUCCCAUCUACCUAUACCAAACACUUGA